AUGAAAGGAUUUGUUUUCUCUUAUCUUAUUUCAAUGGUCUAUUGUUGGUGGGAAGUCGGUCACAUGAUGACAGCCCAAAUUGCCAAGAAUUAUUUGAAAGACAAUAGACCAGAUGUAUUAGCUUGGGCUGACUCCUUAGUAUAAGACUUCAAUUCCCUUACAGACGGUAAAUCUAACACCUUUGCUGAAGCAGCUGUCUGGUUAGAUGAUAUAAAAGAAACAGGAACUGGAUUUCUAAAUGAUUGGCACUACACUGACAGACCGAUAAAUCCAGAUGGGUUAUUGAUCAAAAUCGACGAUUAAGGUAGAAAUAUCAACUCCAUCUAUGCAAUUAAUCAAGCUGUGUCUGUUUUAACUAACCAAAAAACUGCAAAAAAUCGACAUACAGUUUUCAAAGCAUAGAUGAUCAGAGUUUUAUUACAUGUUAUUGGUGAUAUCCAUCAACCUUUACACGAUGUUACCUUUUGGAAUAGUAGCUAUCCUAAUGGAGAUGCAGGUGGCAACUUUAUGAAGAUUUAAUUAUCGAAUGGAACUCUCAUGAAUUUCCAUUCAUUUUGGGAUUCUGGUGCAGUUUCCUUUGCUCCCAAUAACAGUUUUAUGGCUCGACCCCUAAGUUAAUCAGAUAGUUAGUAUCUAGACAAGUGGUCGAAGGAAUUAAUUGCUAAAUUCCCAAAAUCAAAAUACAGCAACUACGAUAUGACUAAUCCUUCCGUUUGGACAUACCUUGGUUUUAGAUAAGCACAACAAUUUGUGUAUCCAAUGAUAGCGACAUCCAAUUCUUACAAUAGUGAUUAUGAAAAAUAAGCAAUUGCCUUUUGUGAAGAAAAUUUAUCUAUCGGUGGAUAUCGAUUAGGAGCCAAGUUAAUAGAAAUAUAUGAUUAAAUAUUACAAAACGAGGCUAAACUAUCACUAAAUGAAUGAAUAUAAUAGCUAUUUAUGAUCCAAUGCUACAAAUACCUUUUAUAUAUUCAAAAAA